AUGAAAGUUGAUAAUCUAUGCCGUUAUACUGUGUCAGCUAGACGAUAUGCUCCUCCCGUAGGUAUCCAGCAUGAGAAAGUGGACCUCGUAUGGCAGUUUGCUGAGUGUGGAGGAUAUUCCAAACCUCCGGAUAAUUGGAAACAAUGUCAUCCGCAAAGUCAACACUCCCAACUAACGGCAUCAAUUUUAGCCUCGUUGGUGUGGGAUUUUUUCGUCUGUAUCCCUGAUCAGCUGUUCCCAGUCUCGUUGUCUAGAUAUGUCUUAAGAAUAAAAAAUUUGAAUGGUCCGAAAAUCCCCGAUGAUCAAUGUGUGUAUCAAGCCAGUCCGGACGAGUCAACGUUCGCUGCGCUGGUGACUGUCGGGAACGAAAUCAGCGGAUUUAUUGCCUUCGGUCGAAAUACCGUGCUUGAACUGAGUCGUCAAGCGAUGCCAGUGAAAAAGGAUCAAGUGCUACAAUUGAAGAAAAUCUACGAAAACCCGGACGUUGUCAAUGAAUCAAUGAAACCAAACACGCUGGAAGUUCCCGCGAGAAUGAUAGAACUAUAUCUGAUUGGUGAUCAGGAAUAUGUGUAUCAACAUCACACAAGUUUCGAUUCGGCAUCCACUCUGGUGCAUGAGAUGGGUCACCUCCUCGGUUUGCCACACGAGGACAACUCGACUGGGGAUUGUUUCUGUGGGACGGACACUGUAUGCAUGAUGUCUCCUGUCACCGGAACACCUCAAGCGGUCCAUUGGUCCAACUGCUCUCUUGGCCUACUUCAAACCAACUUGAUGCGUGAUACUUUUCCCGGCUGUUUUCGACCUAUGAUCAUGUACACCUUUACGUCACGUGCCAUCUGUGGCAAUCGGAUUCUAGAGGACGGUGAGGAGUGUGAUAAUGAGGGUGUUUGCAUUCGAGGCCAAUGUGCCAGUCUGAAUCGCCAAUGUGCUCAUCUGUUUGGUGAUCACUGGGUGGCUGCCUCGGAGUUCUGUUUCCUGCAGAAUCGCGAAGGAAGCAGUUCAGGAGGGUUUUGUGCUUAUAACGUGUCUUUUGGCUCGCCCGAAACUGAGGCCACGUACAAGUACAUCGCGUGCUCGACCGGGUGA